GAAAAGUCACAAAGACAAAGCUUGGAGUUCUUACAGUCAUUUAAAAAAAAAAUGGAGAGUCGCUUUUGUGAGCUGAACUUCCCACCCAUACACUUCCACAGUUUAGUGUGACCGGCUGGCUUGUCACACAUAAUAAACCAUGUGACUGAUUACAGUGUCAUAGAUAAGCAUGAUAGACUUUGCUCAGUACUAAUAACCAGCAAGGAAGCAGAGAAAUCUUUCCUCUGGGUAGGAUUCCCUCACUCCAAAGCAGACGGCAGCACAGCUGAUCCCAGAAAAGCAGACACAGAGGCAUUAUGAAAAUCCUAUGUUUCACAGUCAUUACCAUGGCUAUAGGUCUUUAUUUUACUGGAACAAUGGCAAACCCAGCAAGAAAAAGCAGUAUUUCAUUCAAUUCUGAGUGCCAAUGGAAUGGAUAUCUUCUGACCAACUGUUCUUUUCCUGGAAAGCAUGCCAUACCUAUGAACAUAUCACAGAGAGCAGCCACAGUGGAUGUAAGUUCCAAUUUCUUUAAAAUUCUCUUACAGUCUCCCACGAAAAAAGAAGAAUGGAAUAUAAAACAUCUGGACCUCAGUAACCACCUCAUAUCGAAAAUAACCUUAAGCCCUCUUGCACAUUUACAAGCUUUGGAACUACUGAACCUCAGCAACAAUGCCAUCCGCUCCCUCUCAUUGGCUCUACCCAGUCCUAAGUCCUCAUCAGUGAAACGCCACAGGAGCAGCUUGAGAAACGGACUUCCACUUCUCAAGCUGCUGAUUCUUCAAAGAAAUAAACUCAGUGACAUUCCCAAGGGACUAUGGAAACUGAAGUCAUUACAGAGUUUGGAUCUGUCAUUCAAUAGGAUAUCGCAAAUUGGUGUUUCUGAUUUUCAUCACUGCCUGCAACUGGAGAACCUCUAUUUAAAGAGCAACAAGAUAUUCAGAAUUCAUCCAAAAGCCUUCAAGGACCUCAAAAAAUUACAGGCUGUAGACCUCAGCAGUAAUGCUCUGACCAGCAUCCUGCCGAUAAUGACCAUUGCUCUAGAACUGCCCCAGCUGGAGGCUGACUUGGCAGACAACCAGUGGCAGUGUGAUGGGAGCCUGGCUGCCUUCCAAACUGUCAUGUCUGAAUCCUGGAAAGAGAAGUGGAAUGGAAUUUGCCCCAAGACUAUAGGGAAUGAGGAGGCAUACCGGUGGACUCCCAGAAGCAGAAUUUCCAGGAAGAGCUGGAUUCCUCACACUAAUCUGAGUCACAUGAAAAGCCUCACACAGAGCAAAGCUGAGAGGCACCGGGAAGGCAUGUACAUUAGCUUUUCCACUCCAGGGGAGAAGGACCACGCCAGCUCUGAUACCAGUGAGCAGAGAGCACGGCUGUCAAGAUGGGUGAGGAGCGCCCGGGAUGAGCAAACAGCCGAUGGAAAGGAAGCCGCUCCCCAGGACUUCACCCUGGCCAUCUGCCUGGCGGUGUUCAUCACAUUCUUCGUGGCUUUCUGCCUGGGGGCUUUGACAAGGCCUUACGUUGACAGACUGUGGCAACAGAGAUGCCGUCGAAGAAGCUCUGGUUCAGACCAUGCAUAUUCCAACGAGGGCUUCUAUGACGAGAUAGAAGCUGCAGGGAACAAACGGCAUGCCACGGUGGAUCCGCGCCAAGCUUGCCACGAUCUAAACCUCUGUGAGAACCAAGACCCUUUCUGGGGGACAGAGGCCAGACCACAUGCUGCAGUCAUUGCUGACAGAAAUCUGGGAAGAUGCAGAAAGGAGACUGGCAGCCAGCAGAACAGGGAACAAUGUGGGGACCACACUGGGGCAGGAAGUAGAGAGGACAUCGUGCUACCAAAUGACAGUGCAGCCCGGUCCAUCCUCCACGGACAGCCACACGCUGAUAACAACGCACUAAUUGCAGCAGGACAGGCCCGCAUCUACAAGAAUGUUAUUCCUGGAGAAAUAAAUUACGACACUGUGGCCCAGGAAGAUUCUCUCUGUGAGCAUUCAGUGGGCGUCCCUGCGCUAGCUGGCAGGUCACAAACUGGCUCUGGCUCAAACCGUAAGGAUUGGGAUGAAUUAGACCCACCCCCCUCAAGUGAAAGGACAGCUGCUCUCUCUGAAAUGCAAACACGUACAAAAACACAGAGGAUUGGAAAGAACAAGGAAAGAGAGGGCACUGAACAGUUACCUCCAGAGUUUUCUAAGGAAACGCAAGUGAGCACUUCCAUUAGUGUGCUCAGCCCAGAGCAGCAAAGGCUCAAAGGGGCCGUUACGGAGGAAGAGCUUUCCACCUACUAUAGUUCAGUCACACUCAGUAACCCAGGAGAUAUGGACCCGUCCCCACCGGUCUUUCCUCCAGGAUGGGGCAGUGACCUGGCCACCACUCCUACUAACGAGGAAUCAGUGCAGAAACAUCCUCCUGACACACAGUACGAGCUGGACACCAACUACGAUUCUGAUGAAGGAUCUUUAUUUACUCUCAGUUCAGUCAGUUCUGAGGAUGCAAGAAAUGUGGCUGAAGAAGACACAGAUGGCAAGGAGAGCUGUAGAGCCAGUGAGCCCCUGGAGGACAGGGACUCAGAGGUGAGGAAGGACAGUGUUACGUCAUUCGAGAAUCUUGAGGACAGCAUCACCUUCCAGAAGAUUCAGGGGAAAUGUGAGGAUCAGGAGGAUCAUUUUGAAAAACCUCUCAUUUCUGGUCCAGACUCUGGUUUGUGUGAGAGUCACCUGGAAAGCGCCUCUAAUACUAACAAAUGCGAGACUCCACUGACCUUGCCCGGCUCACUGGGCAAGAAUCCUUCCGGUGAUGAGAUCCCAGACAUGCUUGUUUAUGACUGUGUCACAGCGCCUCAGCCUGAGGCAGCAGAGUGGCUCCGCUCACUUAGCGACUUAGAAUUUUUCACUGUGGAUAAUUCACCACAAACACCACCAUGUUCUGCAGAAGUUCCCUCAGAUCCUGACAAGGAUCUCAAGAGUGCUCAUCGUGAAAGAGACUCAGACUUUGGUACAUGCGAAACUUUCAUUCAGGAAACAGACACAGCUCAAAACAGUGUUCUUUUCCAGAUCACUACAGGGGACACCGUAAGACCCUCACAACAAGAUUCUGAAGGGAGCAGUGUGAAUUCCAACCCUCUGGACAUUGAUGCAAAUGAGGGGUUUGUAUGUCCUCUUGAGAACUACGGUUCCAGAGAGGCUAUAAGCCAAACACAACUAUCAGAAUUCUUUGGCGAUGAAGCAGCUCUUCAGUGUGAAAGAAGAGGAGGGGAAUAUUUUGAAGAGGGUCCCAAGAGCCAGGUACCAUUAUUACAAGAGCUUCCAAAUAAAACCAGUUCAUUAAGAAUACAGGAGCCCUUCAGUGAUAGAGAUGGGUGUAAAUAUUCAGAGGAGAAUAUGUUGCAGUUAGAAAAAGAUGGUUCUGACUUUUAUACUCAAACGCAGACCCAGAGCCACCUGACAGGAGCUGGCUCUCUAGGUGAGGACCAGCUCCACUAUGACAAAGACAGAUGUGGAACUUGAAACUCAAAGGGAAUUUAAGCCACAUUUUAAUACAGAUUGAAGCACUUAGGUGGAACUGCUGAACAGAUUCUAAUGAAUUCUGCACAGAGAACAGUACAGCUUUUGGGAGGUUGAUCAUGAAACUACAAAAUUGGAGGGAUUCAGGGCAAUUCUAAAUAUUUUUUAAUAAGGUAUGUUAAAAGA